GAAAUGGUGAGCUAACGGGCUGUGAAUCGGAUCAGACAGAUCUCUUGAGAAAAUGGACUCGCUUGCCCUCGAAAUCGAACCUAAUCGUCUCUUUCUCUCUAAUCACUUCCAUCGGCGAUCCCUCGAUCGAGAUUCGAGACCCCCAGCAACAGCAACAGCAACAAAUCGUGUUUAGUCGGUUUGUAACUGGAUGUAGCUCAUACCACCCACUGUUCUAGUUUGGAACAAGACACUUCAUUCAGAUUUCAGUCCUAAUAGUUGAUCAGUAUUGCAAUGAGUUUAUGUUCUGUUAUGGUGCUUCUGAAACAAUGAGUUGGUUUGACAGGGCGUGAAGUGAGCAACCAAGAAAAGAAUGCAGAGAUGGUGCUCCAAGCUCCGAUUGCUCGGAGGAUUAUCUUCUUCAACGUUUCCUAAACCUCCUCAACAGCUUCUUUCCUCCCACCACCACCACCUCCACCACAGUCUCUUCCAUUCUGCCGCCUCAAAUCUCAGCAACAAAUCCCUAAUUACUCAUUCUAUGAUUUCUCCUCCCAAUUUUGGUUCCCUACUACUAUCUUCAACAUUACAACAACUUACAGCAAGCUCCAAUCGGUCUUCUUCACUUCCUCUCUCUGUGAUGCAAGUGAGGCAUCUUACUCUGAAGCAAAGGAAGAGGAAGUUAAAGAGUAGGCAGCCACUUACCCCUGUAGUCUCCAAGCUCAAGAAAAUCAAAAUGAAGUCUUAUUCGUCUUUCAAAGGGCGAUUUAGGACUAUGAAAGAUGGGCAGAUUAGGAGGUGGAAGGAAGGCAAACGACAUAAUGCUCAUCUAAAGUCCAAAAUUGCAAAACGAAGAGGUAGACUACCAGCCCUAGUCCCAGCAGCAUAUGCCAAAGUCAUGAAAAAGCUCAACUUCUGUGGUUAG